UAUGUGUCCUAAUUUUACGAUAACUAUAUUGUUAUUCUUGAUAGGAAUUGCUUAAUGCCAAAAAUGCACAUGGACAGAUGAAUCAGGAUACACCUAUAAUUUAAAAUCUUUAGAUAAACCUGGAGGAUGGCAAUUAAAAGAUGAAACAAGUGGGAUGGGAAUGUUUAGUAUGGUUUACAUAUUCAAUUUUUGUGAUUUCAAACCCAUAAAAUGUCAUGAUAGAUAAGUAGGAGCUAUUGAAGCUUUAGCUGUUAUGGGAUAAAUAACAGAGAAUUGUGAUGUAGCUGGAUUGGUAGAAACUUAAACAUUUGAACAUUUGGAUUAAAGAGAUUUAUAAAAAGGCAUAGUUAUAAAAUACACCUAAGGAGAUUUGUGUAUGGAUCCAAAAUAAUAACCUACUGGAGUAAUGUAACCAAGAUAGGCUCAUUUUUUUAUUGAAUGUGGAAAUGAUGAUGCCACAUUUACUGUUUUACCAGAUAAUGAAUGCAUAGAUCAAUUUAAAAUUAGACAUCAUGUUGGCUGUAGGAAUGCAAGUAUUGAUUCCAUAUCAAUAAUGUAGGUUCACAUUGGUUUCUUAAAUUCAUUUUUAUUAUUUGUUUAUAUUUUGGGGGUCGAUUCAUAUACAAUCGUAAAAAAUUGUAAUUAGAAGGAGAGGAUGCUAUCCCUCAUUUUCAUUAAAUCAAAACUCUUAUUCCUUAAGUUAGAACAAUCUUUCAUUUUGGUGUAGAUAGGUUGUAAACUCAGGUCUAGAGAUUUAGACAUGGUGGCUAUGAUAGUAUAUGA